AUGGAUGCCACACAGCUGACGGAACUGAUGAGUAGCCAUGACUUUAUGCAGCUCCAGCAGCAGUUGCACCACAACAACAACAACUACAACACAGAUGGACACAAUGGCUUGUCGCCAGAGUCGGCGGAGAGGAGUUCCCGUCCCAUAAGACGUGCCACAAGACGCACCUCACAGUUAAGCAAUAAUACGUACGAUCUGGAGAUGACAGAUUCUAGUUCGCAGAGCGAUGAUACGAGCGGUGGGGGCGGCAGCAGCAAUGGAGGUGGCAGCAGCACGAACAAUCCGCAGGGCCAUUCCCAGGGAAAUCAACGGCCCUCGAGUCGGGGCCGUGGGCAGCAGAGCAACGGCGGCUGUCCGUCGAGCCUCACUCCGAACAGUGCCAAUUCCAGUUCUUCGAACUCAAAUGCCAAUCGGAGGCGCAAGGGAGCGCUGAAUGCCAAGGAGCGGAAUCUCAGGCGUUUGGAGUCCAACGAAAGGGAGCGCAUGCGAAUGCACAGCCUGAACGAUGCGUUUCAGUCGCUGCGCGAGGUCAUUCCACACGUGGAGAUGGAGCGGCGGCUGUCAAAGAUCGAGACUCUGACGCUGGCCAAGAACUACAUCAUCAAUCUGACGCACAUCAUACUCUCGAAGCGGAACGAGGAAGCGGCUGCAAUGGAGCUGAAUGGUGGCGCCGUUGGCGGUGUCCUUCUAUCCAGCCUCACGGCGGAUGCCAGUGGCGGCACGAAUGGAGCAUCGGCCAAUGCCACGGCUGCACUCUGCUUUGAGGAUGCUCUGGCCAAUGGUGGGGCCUACGAUUGCGCUCUGUUGGCCGCCGCCGAUGGCACUCUGCUGAAUGCAGCCGCCGUUUCGGCCAAUCCUGUGAUGCAGAGUCUCCAGCCCCAGGCGAUGCAUAUGCAGCAGACGCAGUUGGAGCCCACAUCCCAUCAUCCACAGCAGCAGCAGCAGCAUCACCAUCAACAGCAGCAGCAGCAGCAACAGCAGCAGACGAUGCAUAGUCAUGGCCACAUGGGAGCCACAAUGAUGCUCACCCAACAGCAGCAACAGCAGCAGGCCCAACAGCAGCCGACCCUCAUCCUCAAUGGCUCCACAACAGUGAAUGUGGGAGUUGGCGUCGGAGUCGGCGUAGGAGUCGGUGUGGGGGUCGGGGUAAAUGUCGGAGUGGGCGUUGGGGUUGUUUCCGGCGUGGGUGUCGGUGUGGGCAAUAAUUCCGGAAGCUUUGCGGAUGUUAAUGAUAAUUUCGAUGAGCCAUUUCGAGAGUUUCUCUAAAGAAAAGAUGACUAAGGGGCUAUAUGGAUGGUAAAAAUAGAAUUUAUAGAAUAU